CACCCUCACCGCUGUCGGUCUUGUACACAUCAGGCAUGAGCGGCGCUCCGCCCCCGACCCGGGUGUAUGCGCCCAAGCGCUUGUUGCGGCCGGCCUCGCCCAGGGCGGCCGCCAUACGGCGCAUGGUCCACGCCCGGACCCGCAAGGAUGCCGAGGAGGAGCACGAGCGGACACAUGAGACAGCGCUCUACCACGCCCGCCUGCAAGCGCAAGUUGCUGCUACUGAGGACGCCGUCACCGCCACACGCUCCCGCCUGGCCGAGUUGAAGGCACAAAAGCGCAAGCUGUUCCUCUUGCUCAAGACCGUGCUCCUUGCUGACGAGCAGCGCCGUAAAGAGGCUGCUGCCGCCGAGGCUGCUGCUGCCGCCGCGCAGGCCGCCGCUGCUCAGGCUGCUGCUCAGGCUGCUGCCGCCGCGCAGGCCGCCAUGCACCCUGCCACCGCACAAGGCUCUGCGCCCGGAACGCCGACGCCAUUUGGAGGCCCAGGCCUGCACACCGCUCGUGGCCCUCGACCGGCGUUUGCUGGUACGCCACAGAACGGGUAUCCGCCUCUAGGCAGCCAUCGCGGCGGGCCGCCUGGCGGUGGGCGGUACCGCAGUGGGCCGCCGCGCGAUUAUCCGCCGCCGGCAUACGACAGCUAUCGCGAUCGCGGGCCGGGUGGACCGGGUGGGCCGCCUCGCGACCGCGAUCGUGGCGGUGGACCUGGCCCAGGCUCGGGCCCGGGCAUGCGCGGCGGACCCGGCGGCCGGCAGUACCCGCCGCUGGGCGGACCGCCACAUCGGCGGCUUGGGCCGUAG